UCGAUGCUACCUUUGUAUGAUAGUCUGUUGUUUGUGAUCGUAAAGCAUUAACUGCGAGUUUUCACAUCGACGCUGUAUAUCUCCCUAUUUGUAUCUUCUUGGUCCUCUUCACCAAGGCGAUUUUUUACUUUGUCACUUGUGGUGAUGAAACGCCACCACAAAUCGCUAUAGAUUAUGAUAACAAUCUCUGCUUUUUACUGACGAAUUUUUCGACUUUUUAGUUCAAUUAAAUGGAAGAUAUACGGAAAUAUUCCGGUCCUAAACCAUCAGAAUAUAUGCAACGCUUUCUUGUCGCACUGCCAGCGAACAAACGCCGAGACGUCUCAUCCGUUUUGUCAAAUCUUCGUAAACAUCUGCACGAUGUGAUUCCCGCUAAGGCCUCUUCCAAACAAUACGUCGCACUGUUACACCACUUGUCUGAAUCCUUUUCUCUUAUACCUUUGCAUAUGCGCAAGAAUAUGAAGUCCCAUUUGUUGGACGGUCUAGCUGUUAGCUUACCCACCUCUAGUACUUCUUUUUCUUUAUUCACAAUAUGUCUUUGCAUCAUAGAAUUAAGCGCUUUGCGAAAUGCUGACCGUUUGGAUCUGGAGAGCCAAGAUGUUUUAGAAACAAUUACUCGCUUGAACGCAACAUUGCUACCAAACUUGUCCGACCAUGUCCUCGCGCAGCGCACCAACCUACCGAGUCUGUACGCUUGGGCCCUUUGCAUUCUGGUCUUCAGUUUUCAGGCUUGCGGUGAAUGGCUUUGCGCUAACCAUUGCUAUUCCGAUGCCUUUGCUUCUCGUCGCAACAUCCUUCAAUUUAAUCGUUGCGCUUUGGACCAUCCGAGUGUACCACCGGUGAUGAAAUUCGCUCUGUGUUUGCAGAGAAAAAGAAGUGCAUUUCCUGUGCCACCUAAGCCGUAUAGUUUGUUUGACUUGCUCUUCUCCUGUGCUGUAUCUGGAAAUCAUACACUACUUGCGACUUCAUAUUCCUCUCUGCGAAUCCACCCUUCGGUUUGUCUUCUGGAGGCUUCCGAGCCACCUGCUUCUCUGUCAUCCUUUCGCGCAACUCCAAACCGCCUUAACAGCUGCUUCCCUUCUUCCAACUUGGAAGACAUCAAGAAGCUAACCCCAGAAACUUUGCGCGAGCUAUUAAACAACGGAAAUGUCUCGCAAGUUAUAUCGUGUCUUCAGUCAUUCAAGCGUGCAAUGAUGCAACUUUCUGGUGAUCAUGAUUCUCUCACCCAUCAUCUCGUCACUACCCUAAAGUCCACAACGCAACUUCUUGUACGGAUAUAUUCGGAGUCAGCGUCAGAUUACUCUACUUAUGAGAAUGCCUUCUAUAUCCUUGUGCAUCUUUGGUCCAAAGCUGCAGAACAACGUACUCUCCUGAAAUCCCUACCCCAGUCUUACUUAUGGCUGGCCGUUUUCAUGCAUCCGCAUUAUGAAUCAAUGAGUCAAUCGGGUUUUAUGCGCGCCGUAAUAUGCCUAGCUCGGUUACUCACCAGCUAUCAAAGCUUAUUUCGCUCCAGCAUUCUCGAUUCUCCCCAUUGGUACUUGCAAAUGAUCACGGACAUCGUUGUUGCGGUGAUCGAUCGUCUGGAGAAAGCUCAGGACAACCAACCUGAUGAAUUGGAAGAGGCUAUGUGCAUUUGCAUAGUCGCCAUUUCUCGGCCACUUGCUGCGUUGCACAUCGACAAACCAGACAUCCGUGUCGAGUUUUCUCGUGUCCUCAAGAUGUCACUGGAGACUAUCGUGUCUCGCAUGGCUUCUUGCCAUUCCGCUCGACGCAGUGUGGACAAAACUGCGGUGGGUGAUGCAACUGACAAGCCAAUGCUAGGGCUGAGAACCCGAGAACUGAUCUAUCACUAUCUACUAUUCCCCAUCAUACGUGCGGCCGAUCCGUAUGCUUUGUCGCAAGCUCGUAUCGGCAUUCGACCAGCAGCGGCGAAAAUUCUUUGGGAUCAGUUGGUCACCCAAGUGAUCGGUGAACCGGAUGGUGACCGCGUACUCUCUAAGUUGGGGUCACGGAAAACACCAGCUGCUUUGGGUGGCUUGCACGUUGCAGUUAAACUCGCUAUCAAGCGCCGUCGUUAACGCAACUGGUAUCAUAUUGUACAUAUGCCUUUUGAAGAAGGACUUCACUGUAAACCUGCCUUAACUUUUACAUCCUUUGAGUUUCGGGUUUCGCUGGUAUAACUCUCGCUUAAUCCUCC